AUGCUCGAAUCCAUGGAGUCCACAUUAGUUUCCCUGAAGAACGGCGGCGAUUUUGAUGAAAGUAAAAUUCCAGAAUUAGAAAAACUCGCUUUAGACAAAGAAAACGUCCAAUUUUCUCAUCACAGCAAGAUCGGAGGAGCUAUUCCUGUUGAAGGCAUGAGGCACAGCUAUUCUGCAAACUUCGCUGUUCAUUGUGGGCUUCCGUUCUUCAACUUUGAAUCAAAUCAGAAUAAUUUGGGAAAAUACUACCCAGGAGCUUAUUGUUUAGGGGAUAUCUUGAAAGAUAAUGGAUAUGAGAAUGUGUUUGUAAUGGGAGAAAACCCUUUUAAGAAUAAGUACGUCAAUAUUUUUCGUGAUCAUGGAAAUUUCACUUUAAAAGGGUAUGACUUUGAUAUAAAUAAUAAGGAAUUGUAUGACCCUGAGACAUAUAUUAUAUAUGAUAUGUAUUUGUAUCAAUAUGCAAAAGAAUUUUUGAAAAAUAAUAAUAAUUUCCCUUUUUUCCUCCAACUCAACACUUAUGACACUCACUUGCUCAAAUCUAAGUGUAAGUUGUGUGACCCUAUCCGUAAUCCUGGAAAAUACAUGGUAGAUGCUUGUGCAUCGAGACAAGUUGAUGAUUUUGUGAAUUUUGUCAAAAAUCAACAUUUUUAUCAUAACACAACAAUCUUCAUUGUUGGAGACCACUUGAAAAUGUUAGAGCAGCCGAAGUUAAGGUAUGCGGAGAGAUCUACUUAUGAUGUGUUUAUUAAUUCGAGAAAGAAACCAAUAAAUAUGAAAAAUAGACAAUUUACAACAUUUGAUUAUUAUCCAACAAUUCUUACAGCAAUUGGAGCAGAAUACAAAGGAAAUGCUGCAGGAAUUGGACGUGAUUUGUUCUCUAAAGCGAAAACAGUUAGUGAACAGAUUGGUUUCGAUAAUUUGCGUUCUAAAAUUAAGCAUCAAUCAAAAUGGUACGAAGCAAAUAUUGCUCACGCAUCUUCUGAUGACGAAAUCAAUAUUCAAUGUGAAUUAGAAUGGACAGAAGAACCAUAUGACUUUUCUUGUUUGUAA